UUUCCUCACAAUACAAGUAAUAUCAGUUUUCAUCAAAACAAGCAUUGCUCAGUCUCAGGGCAGAUUUGAGAACUCCAAAGCACAGCAAGAUCAAGUAAACAUUUAUAUUUUAUAUACGUUCUUUAGUUACUCAUUUUCACAACUUUUGAUCAAAAUACCAAAGUGUCUUUUUUUUUUUCUCCCCACCUUGUCGAUCAUCGAUGCUAUUUUUUUCCCCACACUUGAUGAUAAUUCAAUUGACCUUCAGGUCUGUCUGUCAAACGUACCCCACUCAUUGAGAGCAACUCUCUUAAAGCCAGACUGAAUGAGUCCUUUCAGGGAACCCUAUUCAUUUUUCGCUCCCACCCUUCCCCCUACGGAGGGUCUCCGCCUGCUGCUUGCUACUGGAGCGGUAUCAAGUUGAACACCGCGAGGACAGAAGAUCUUCUUCCCUUAUACCCCUUCAGAAUAAAAACAUGUGAUCCAAGAGGUGAAGUGAGUUUUAGUUGAGUAUUAGAAGAGUUCACUUUGUUACUAACCACCAGAAAGAGAAUCAAGAGGUUGUGACUCUUCUAUAAAUUUUCAGAUUUAAGCUUCUUUUUUUUUAAACUUGCUUUAGAAAACAGAUGCAUUGGAAUUAAAACAGACCUGCAAAUAUCUAACAAUUUAAAAAGAUGAGCAACAGAGGAAGUACAGUUGCAAGGGUUAGUAAUUGAACAUCUGAGAUAAAGAAAAUUAAAAACUUUUAACAUCAGUAAUAAACAAAAGAAAAUAUGAUACAAUCAUUUACAAUGUUUACUAAAAUUAAUAAAGUAAUUAAUACAAUGUAAUAGGUGAUAUGUUGUGCUUAGUGUUUGUAGAUUGUAUUAUUGUUUUUACGUUUUUGUGAUGUAACAUACCUCUUGUAAAUUACACAGAGUCUCAAGAGUUUUUUUUCCUGUAUAAAUAAAGAAUUACAUAAAUCAAAUCCACAAAUGCAAAAGAAUAAUAAGGUCCACUUAAUGCUUCAUAAAAGAAACUAUUAAAACGGCUUAGCUUCAAAUUUUUGUGGAGGUAGUUGUUGAUCUUCAAGAUUACCACCAGAGGGCGAUAUUGCCUUUGUUCGAUUCAGUCAAAAGGGUUUUAUUUUCUCAAGCGCAACAGGAAGUGCUUCCACAAGUGGUCUAACUUCGUGGCUAGCCAAAAUCAGAAAAUGUUAGUUUUUAUGUUAUGACUUUAGUUCCGAGAUGCGUUUUCGAACACCAUAAUGCGGCGUUACAUACGUGCGCUGCUGUUGUGCACGGUGUUCGCCGUGUUUUCGGGCUUGUAUGUUUACAGCAAGCUGUUUAACACGGACGUCUCGGCCGGAGGAAACGGAGCGAGGAGGGCUUUCAUCCCACAGAGAGGCACCGGAGGCAGGCGGGGGUCAGCGGUCAGAGCCGGGCCCCAGAAACCCCACUGGUACAAUAGGUAUAUCAUGCGUCAAAGCGGGCAGAUAGAAGGUGCGAGGAGCGGCGUUCAAAGGAGGCCUGAGCCCACCAUGCACCUGGCGGUGGUGGCCUGCGGGGAGAGGCUGGAGGAGACCCUCACCAUGAUCAAAUCUGCGGUGCUUUUCAGCGUCAAGCGCCUCUACUUGCACGUCUUCGCUGAAGAUCAGCUCCACGCCGGCUUCGUGGAGACUCUGGAGUCGUGGCCCGAUUCGUUCCGCUCGAGGUUCAACUACACCGUGUACUCCAUCAGCUUCCCCAGCGAGAAUGCCGGCGAGUGGAAGAAGCUCUUUAAACCCUGCGCUUCUCAGAGGCUCUUCCUACCCCUGAUCUUAAAGGACAUCGACUCGAUCGUGUACGUUGACUCAGACAUCCUCUUCCUUCAGCCUGUAGAUGGCUUAUGGGACUUCCUGUCCCAGUUUAGUCCUUCCCAGCUGGCAGCCAUGUCCCCUGAACACGAGGAGCCCCGCAUCGCCUGGUACAGUCGAUUUGCAAGACACCCUUUCUACGGCAGGACGGGUAUCAACUCUGGGGUCAUGCUUAUGAACAUGACAAGGAUGAGAAGCACCUUUUUUAAGAACGAUAUGACCAGAGUGGGACUGCGCUGGGAGGAGCUGCUGAUGCCUCUCCUUCAGAAAUACAAACUGAAUAUAACCUGGGGAGACCAGGACCUUCUGAAUAUUAUUUUUCAUCAUAAUCCUGAGUUUCUGCUGGAGUUUCCAUGCAAGUGGAACUAUCGCCCUGAUCAUUGCAUAUACGGCAGUAACUGUGCCUCAGCUGAGGAGGACGGUAUCUACGUCUUGCACGGAAACAGAGGGGUUUACCACGACUACAAACAACCAGCUUUCAGAGCCGUUUACGAGGCAAUAAAAAAGUAUUCCUUUGGAUCAGACCCGGUCCCCUCUUUGUUGGAUCCUUUGACGGAGGAACUACUGAAGACGACUCACACCUACUGUGGCAAAUCCAAUGCACUCUUUACCAAGAGACUAGCACUCAGUCUGGAAAGCAUAAACAGGAAAACUCCACAUGGACGAUGAUGUCUAUGGGAAAGUUGAGUUGUAACGCGCUUUGGUAAACUAGCUGACAGAACUUUCAAAUCACACAACUUUGUGAUAACAGGCAAUGAUGCAGUGAAGAUUUGACAUUCUAUUGGAGAACAGCUCUUUGGAGCUCCUAAAGCCAGCUGCCAUUGUGUCAAACGGAUGACAGCAGCAUCUUACUGCUUGUAGGUUGCUCUGGAUAAGAGUGUGGCGUAAAACCACUGAAACCUGCUACAAACAGUCCUGAACUAAUAUAUUACAGAUGUAUAAAUACAAGUAUUUGAGAUGGAAAAAUGCACAUCUCAAAAGCAUUUUUUGAUGUAGCAAGCCUCUUCCAUGGAGGAAAUGGAAAUCUUCUAAAUCUGAUUGAAAGUGUAAAAACUAAGAAGAAGAAAGUCACUGGAAUUUCCAUAUUGGAGAGUUUAUUGAACUUUUAUUUAAAUGAAGUUGUAACCACUGGAGAAGUGGAUAAAAGGUUUUGAUAUCAGUGUGCAAUGGACCACUUUUUUUCUUUUCCAUAGCUUUUAGAAAUUACUUAAACUAGGAACCUCCUGACUCCAGGACUCAGGAUCAAUAACUAAGUUUUAGGUUUUAUUUUUUGUUUGUUUUUUCUUGAGCUAAUUGGCCCGCUAUGCUACGUAGACGACUAUUCAAGUUGAAGAAAGAGCUAGCUGCGGCGGCUGAAACAUUAAAAUUAAAACCUUUGCUACUCAAAGCAAAGCAAAACGUUUUGAAAGUUAGUGAAUAUUUUCUGUAAGUUCUGUCUAUCCUGAGAGAUGCUACCAUCUGUCACCAUUUUACGCACGAAUUAAGUGCUAUGCUGUUGGAAUACUAAUGUAAAGCAGAUAAUACUGAUAAAACUGUUAUUUUACUGCUUAUAGAUUGAUUUUAAUUACGUGUUGGACUGAGUCUAGGGCUGGCAUCAGGGACAGAUAAUCCUGGUCUCGACAUGCCAAUCUUAAAUACUUAAAGAAUGUCUUAGUAAAAGUGACUGUAUGUUGAAAAUGUUGAAAUAUUUAGCAGCUCUUUACUUGUUGGUGUCACAUUACCAAAUCAGAUGUUAUAUAUAUAUAU